CCUGCAGCGGCCGGGCGGCCGCGGGUAGCGCCGGUGCCGCCCCGCCCGGCGCCGCGGGCCCCUGUGAGGCUGGCAGCCAUGGAGCCCAGCGGCCCCCCCGACCUCCGCGACGUGGAGCAGAAGCUGGGCCGCAAAGUGCCCGAGAGCCUGGCGCGGCCGCUGCGCGGGGAGGAGCACCCGGGCCGCGCCACCGCCGCCACCGCCGCCGCCACCACCGAGCCCGCCCGCGGCCCCGCUGCGGCCCCCGGCCCCCGCCGCCGCCGCGCCGCCGCCCUCGCACGGCUGGAGACGAAACUUCACCUCCUGCGGCAGGAGAUGGUUAAUCUCCGAGCCACUGAUGUCAAGCUUAUGCGCCAGCUACUUAUCAUCAAUGAAAGUAUUGAAUCAAUCAAAUGGAUGAUUGAAGAGAAGUCCAUUGCUAGCAGAGGUAGCAGUCUGAGUGGCAGCCUGUGCAGCUUAUUGGAAAGUCAGGACACAUCUCUCCAUGGCAGCUGUAACAGUUUACAAGACUGUAGCGAUGGACUGGAUGGAAUAUCAGUGGGGAGUUAUUUGGACACUUUAGUUGAUGAUGUCCCUGGUCGCCAAACCCCUUCAGAUAUGGACCAGUUCAGUGAUUCUUCUAUUAUGGAGGACUCACAGCCUCUGCAUAAACAUCCCAAAAUUGAUUCUGAUGAGUACUACUGUUUUGGUUAAUAAAAGAAAGUUCCAAUGGGACAUAUAUGCACUUGUAUUUAUCCUUUUUCUUUGCUGCUGUUUUAUUUCAUGUGCAAAACCCCAAAUUUCUGUUGGAAGUAAAUCAUACUAUGAUAUUUUGAUUCCACUUCAGAACUUUUCUAUUGCUUCUAACACAUUUCCUUCUUGGUGGGUUAUCUGCUUCUGUCUUGCUCAACUUUUCUUUCUCUUAAUUUAUUAUUGCUUUUUUUUUUUUUUUUUUUUUUUUAGUGCUGUAUUUACAGAUCUUUCAAAGUGGUGAAGGAAAAGCUUUAUCUUUAAAAUGAGACAUCAGGGAAUGAGAGCAUCAAUUUUGUACUUGUUGGCAAUAAAGUAUCUUCUGAUAAAUUUAUGUUGUGAUAAA